AUGGCAUUCUUCAAAUCAUUCAAAUCUGCACUUGGCAUUCGGCCUUCCACGCAAAACAGACUAGAGUACAAUAUAGUAGAAGCGCAGGAACAGGAUAACGGUGGCAACGACUUGAAGUCCAGCUACAAUACUGUCCACUCACGUUACCACUGUGCUCCAGGACAUCGACAUCUUCUAGCUUGGGUGAUUGCCGCAGUCCUCACUACUGCGCUGGCAAUCAUCCUUUGUAUAGCUCUGGGAUAUUGGGCAGUAAUGAUGCGUUCGCAGCCACACUCGGAGCUCGUUAAGUCUGUCCAGCACAACUGCGGCAAUACAGCCGCUGAGGCUCGCAGUCUUGGCUGCGAAUUCGACAUCUUGACCAACAACUGGAUCCCCUCAGCAUGCGCCGAGAAUGUCACUGCUAGUGAGUUCCGAGCUUGGGUAUUUGAAACAAAGCGGCUUCAUGGUCCAUGGCCAUACUUUCAUGACGAUGGUGCCAUGGAGCAAAUCGAGUCAGAGCUUCAGCUGUCAGAGAUGGUCGGGCAUAGAAUCUUCACAACAACCGAGAACCACAUUGGCCACUGUGUCUUCUUGAUGCGAAGAAUACACCGCUUAGUCAAGGGUGAGAUCAAACAGAUUGCGCGAAUCACGUUUGAUCACACAAUGCAUUGUACGAACGAAAUUUUAAGGGCUGUGGGCAACCCCGAUUUUGAAGACCGCGGAAACAUCACGUCUAUUUUCAAGGUUGAUAUUGCGGAUUCUCGUAGUACAUGCAUGUAUCUACAAAGCGUUACUUACUGUCUCUUAGCCAAUUUCCUAGGUAUAUUUACGCCUGCAAUCACCAUGAUACUCUACGGAGUCCUCUCCCAGAGAAAUCACACUAUCGACGCCGAAACUGCGUUCACGACUAUAGCUGUUCUGUCCAUGGUCAUUCAUCCAGCAAACAUGAUAAUGACCAUCAUUCCAAGAGUUGUUGCCACGUUUGCCAGUUUUGAACGCCUCCAAAACUAUUUAUUGGAAGCUCCUCGCCAAGACCAGAGGGUUGUUCUUGAAGAUAAGCCGGAGAGGCUACUUCCUCGUAGAAACACCGCUGCAGCCAUCAGCCUCGAGGAAGUCACGGUCGAAGCCGAUAAGACGUCGGCGCCGGCUCUCGACAGAGUGACUCUGGAAGUUGAGCGUUCAAGCAUCGUCAUUUGCGCUGGUCCAACUGGGGCUGGCAAAACGGUGCUAGCAAAGGCCAUACUAGGUGAGGUGGCUAUUUCCCACGGCACGAUCAAGACGGCAUCGAGACGGAUUGGUUACUGCGACCAAACGCCUUGGUUGCCCAACGGCUCCAUUCGAGAUGUCAUCUGUAACUUCGCAACACAUGUGGACGAGAAUCGAUAUCAAAGCGCAGAGAUUGGCGGCCGCGGUUUGAACCUGUCAGGGGGACAGAAACAGAGAAUGGCCCUUGCUCGUAUGCUCUAUGAUGAGUGUGACAUAGUUAUCCUAGAAGACCCCUUCAGCUCCCUGGAUGGAAGGACCGAGGAUCAGGUCAUCAAUAACCUUUUUGGACCUGAGGGCAUCUUCCAUACCAGACGGUCAACAGUCUUUUGGAUCACCAAUGCGACACACCACUUUAAGCUGGCGGACAGCGUUGUGAUCCUAGAGAACUCUCGCAUAAAGGAGCAUGGGCAUUGGAGCGUGUUGGAUUCUCUCCCUGAUGCGUCUGGCAAAGUCAUGUCCGAUGAUUCGCAUGAGUCCGGACAGGUUGAUGCCGAAGCCUCGCAACUAGACGCCCAGAAGAAAAAAGCCAAAGAGCUGGACACCCGGCUUGAUUUGAAUCGCAAGACGGGAAAUCUUUCUCUAUACGGCUAUUACUUCAAAUCCGCAGGGCUCUUCAACGCCAUCUUCAUGAUAGGCUGCACCGCCACCUAUUCGUUCUUCAUCACUUUUCCACACUACUGGCUCAAGCGAUGGACGGAGGCAGAUCAGAAUGUCGAAUGGCUCUAUAUGAUGGUAUACGGCUUACUAGCUCUGUUCGCUUGGGUAGCCACGAAUGGAACUAUGUGGUCGACAUUCAUGCUUGUCACUCCUAGAUCGGGCCUGUUUCUUCACUCCAAGUUGCUGGGUAACAUAAUAGGGCGCCACAGAGCACCACUCUCGUUCUUUGCUACAACUGAUAUUGGCGUCAUUUUAAAUCGUUUCAGUCAGGACAUACAACUAGUCGAUAGGGAUCUGCCCGGGGCAUUUCAGUCCCUAAGUAACCAGAUUUUUAAGCUGCUAGUGCAAGUUUCCUUACUUCUUGCCGUCCAAAAGCUUUUGCUUUUGACUAUUCCCCUGUGCUUCGUCGUCAUCUGCCUUGUCGCGAGGGUGUAUUUUCGCACGUUGCGCCAAGUGCGGAUCGAAGAACUUGCCUCCAGGUCGGCCGUCUUCUCGCAAAUCGUUGAGACUGUCGAAGGUUUAAUCACCAUCCGCGCAUUCAGAUGGCAGAGUCGCUGCCAAUCACAUUUUGACCGCGCGCUGGAUGGCUCACAAGGUCCGCUCUAUCUUUUAUCUAGUCUUCAGCGGUGGCUCAACCUCGUGCUCGACCUCAUGGUCGCCGCAAUCUCCGUGACUAUAAUCGCAUUGGCGUUAUUUCUCAGAAGCACUACCACCGGCGCAGCUGUAGGCGUUGCUCUGAAUAUCAUCCUCGUCACAAAUACUACUAUUGUCAGGCUGGUUGAGUCCUGGGCCGACUUUGAAGUCUCACUAGGAGCCAUCGAGCGCCUCAAAACCUUGGAUGAAGAGAUUCAGAAAGAAGACUGGCCUGGGGAGGAUAAUAUUCCCGAGACAUCUUGGCCACAAAGAGGGGGGAUAGUGAUUGAUCACGUCACUGCGGCUUAUAACGGGCGUUCCGCUAGUCUCCGAAACAUCUCUCUCACCAUCAAAGCCGGUCAGAAGGUUGUGGUGUGCGGCCGCACGGGAAGGCAAAGUACGCUUCUUCUAUCCUUGCUACGCCUCGUUGAAAUUACCGGUGAUAUCAGCGUAGACGGCGUCGACCUUUCCCGCAUAUCGCGGGCUGCAAUCCGUGAGCAAUGUUUCAUUACCGUGCCACAGGACCCCAUGCUGUUGCCCGAUACCCCGUUGCGCUUCAGUCUCGACCCGAGUGGCAAAGCCGAAAUCAGUCAAAUUGUCGAUGCGCUGCAAAAGACGGGUGUCUGGAGCCUCCUGUGCGAGUCCAACACCGCAAAUGUCGCCGAAGUACUCGAUCGCAAGAUGUCGGAACUGCCCGCCCUCUCUGUGGGACAACUUCAACUCCUCGGAAUCGCCAGGGCAUUGGUCAAGAAGGCGGUUUUGAGAACCAAGCUCAAACCUGUUCUUCUGCUGGACGAGGCAACGUCAUCACUGGACACUGCGACGGAAUCGUUGAUCCACAACUUGAUUGACGAGGAGUUCUCCGGGCAGGGAUACACGGUCGUAGCUGUCGCCCACCGGUUGGGCGUUGUGACUGGCCGAAUGAGACCCAUGGACAUGGUAGUGAUGAUGGCCGACGGGGCAAUAAGGAAGGUUGGGGGCGCCGAAGAAGUGCUGGGAUCGGACCUUGUUUCUUCUUGGACUUCUUAG